AUGCAUUCUCAUCACUCUCACUCGAGUGAUCACUGUCAGCAUGCCUCGUCUCCGUUGGAUGAUAUGAUUCAGAGAGCCAUUGACGAGCGACUCUUAGUUCUCUGUUUAACGGAGCACAUGCCUAGAAUAGACCCGAAUCAUUUGUAUCCAGAAGAAAUCAAGAGCAAUACAACUGUCGAGCAACUUAAAUGUGUUUUCGAUACAUACUACAAGAGGGCAAGGCAGGCGCAAAUAGAAUAUAAAGAUCGUAUUGAUCUGUUAGUAGGAUUCGAAUCUGAGACGAUAUCAGAUGAAUAUCUCGAUUAUAUUGAUGAGCUCAGAAAGCAGUAUAAAUUCGAUAUGGUUGUAGGAUCAGUCCACCAUGUCUCUAGAAUUCCAAUUGACUACAACGAAGAGACGUGGAUAAGAGCACUGGACGCCACAGUCGGUACUUUACACUCGAAGACUGAUAACAUUUCCGACGAAUCUCUACAAAAAUACUUUGAGGAGUAUUUUGACUUACAAUAUCUCAUGCUCAAGAGAUUAAAGCCAUCAGUAGUGGGCCAUUUUGAUUUAAUCAAACUAUGUGCUCCAAAGGGUGUUGUGCCCGAGUCACUUCAAAGUUGGCCCUCAGUGUGGGAGAAGAUCACACGAAAUGUUAAACUGGCUGUUUCUCAAGGAGGGUUAUUCGAGGUAAAUUCUGCAGCAGUUCGUAAAGGUUGGGACACGCCAUAUCCAGGACGUGAUAUUGCAAGUUUAAUCCACGAGUUGGGUGGUGAGUUUUGCUUAAGUGACGACUCGCAUCAAGUGGGCCACGUUGCUCAGAAUUACAAAGCAUGUAUCCGAUAUUUAAAAGAAUUAGGAGUGGAAAGAGUAUACUACUUGAAGACUAAAAGACUAGCUGAUACGAUCUCUAUUAUUAAAGAUAGCGUCUCACUACAAGAGCUCGACGAAUGGGCUACUUUGUAA